UAAAGGAAAGCAAAAAAAAAGGAAGGAAAUCGAAAAAAGAAAGGAAAAAAAAUGAGUCGAGUGUUCCUCUGUAAAUCGCUCCUCCUAACACCUUCUCUCUAUUCCGCUCCCCUCACCUCCUUGAAGCCCACACUCACCUCUGCUUCUUCUUCUUCUUCUUCUAGGGUUCGCCGUAUGGCCACCGAAGCUUCGUCGUCACCGUCAUCCCACACCGGCGGUGACGCCAUCAACCCCGACCCAACCUCUUCGUCUCCUCCCGCCUCCUCUGCCAUUGAUUUUCUCUCCCUCUGCCACCGCCUUAAGACGACGAAAAGAGCUGGAUGGGUUAAGAGAGAUGUGAAGGAUCCAGAGUCUGUAGCUGACCAUAUGUACCGCAUGGGAUUAAUGGCUCUCAUUGCUUCGGAUAUUCCUGGUGUCAAUCGAGACAAGUGCAUAAAGAUCGCCAUUGUUCAUGACAUUGCUGAAGCUAUUGUUGGGGAUAUAACCCCCGCAGAUGGGGUACCAAAGGCAGAGAAGAACCGAAGAGAACAAGAGGCAAUAGACCACAUGUGCAAAUUACUUGGUGGAGGCUCAAUAGCCAAGGAAAUAGGUGAAUUGUGGAUGGAGUAUGAGGGGAAUUCCUCCCCAGAAGCUCAAAUUGUCAAGGACUUUGACAAGGUGGAGAUGAUACUUCAAGCCUUGGAAUAUGAGAAUGGUCAAGGAAAGGACUUGGAUGAGUUUUUCCAGUCAACUGCUGGGAAGUUCCAGACUGAUGUAGGCAAAGCUUGGGCAGCAGAGAUAGUAUCCAGAAGAAAAAAACAAGGCUAAUUUCUAUCAAAGUUUUCCUUAGAGGGUUCAACAAUUUAACAUACUCAAACCUUAACGAUGUUGAGAUGAAAUAGUGCACAAGACUACAGCACCAGCAGUUCUAAGCAAGAACAGCAUGAUUCGUUGUUAGCUUGUAGUUCAACUUUAUUUUAUUUCAAUACAAAACUUCAUAUUUUUAAGCUUGUAUUUUGCCAGUUUAUAAUUGGGUUUGGUUCAAGUUGUA